CGUGGCAAUGUUCCGAUAGGAAUGUACAUUUUCGUUUUUGUUUCAUUUUUCAAUGUAAUUUAUUAAAGUAUUUUUUUAAAAUGACGUGGCGAUGACUAAACAUAGUUUUGUUUGUAUUUCUAUUUAUUUAUUAGGAGUCAUCAAUGACUGUCUUGCGCACAUCGAUAGCGAAAAGCUUCAAGAGGAGUGCAAAAUCGCUGACAUCUGCCGACACGACCAGGUUCCGAUCUGCGGUAUCGACUCCUGUGGUGAAAUGCGGACCUUCAUUGACAAUUGUGAUAUGCAUGAAUUCAACUGCGAUAGCAAAAAAGACUUUGUACAAAAGCCUCACCACGAAUGCUGGGUGACCUGCAAACGGGGACGCAGUUUUAAGAAACCUCUAUACAACGGAGCAGGAUGCGACCAAAUGAACCUUGUGUAAAGAAAUAUAUAUAUUUUAUCAACAUAAAGUUUAAUAUCAAAACAUAUUAAAUUAGGAAAUAAAUAAAAUUAAAUGGCUGAACAAUAAU